AUGCUUUCCCGACUUGCUCGACCCGUUGCCCGAACUGCUGUCCGAUUUGGAUCCAGCGAAAACAAGUUCGCCAUCACCAAGGAAAUGAAGAUCUCCAUGGGCGCUUCCGUCUUCUUCGGCGCCGCCUUCUACAACUUCAUCCGAGGCAACAUCAACCCCGGCACCAACCCCGUCAACUACGUCCCCAAGAGCGCUCUCUAA